AUGGACACACAAAAUUUAGAGAAGGCAGCCAUAAAGAUUCAGUCAUGGUGGCGUGGCAUCAUGGUGCGCCGGACGUUACUGCACGCAGCUCUCAGGGCCUGGGUCAUCCAGUGCUGGUGGAGGUCGAUGCAGGCCAAGAUGCUGGAGCAGAGACGGCGCCUGGCACUAAGACUCUACACCUGCCAGGAGUGGGCAGUGGUGAAGGUGCAGGCACAGGUUCGAAUGUGGCAGGCCCGCAGACGGUUCCUCCAGGCACGCCAAGCAGCCUGCAUCAUCCAGUCUCACUGGCGCUGGCAUACCAGCCAAACCCGGGGCCUGAUCCGGGGCCGCUAUGAGGUCAAAGCCAGCCGGCUGGAGCUUGACAUCGAAAUCCUCUUGACCUAG